AUGCGGUUGUUUCCAUCUGUGCCUAUCAAUUCAAGAUUAACGGUGGAUGAUGAAGUUUUACCAGAUGGAUGCCAAGUGAGGAAAGGGUGGUUUGAUAAUUACUUUGCAUAUGCAAUGGAGUUUAAGCCUGAGAGGUGGUUGGAUGGUGAUGGGGAGAUGGCUUACGUGCAGAUGAAGUUAGUUGUAGCAGCUGUGAUGUAUGAGUUUGAGGUUGUGGUUGUUAAUGGUGGCGCAACUGCAAAGAAGAUGAUGAACCCUCCUUACAUCUUAUCACUUGUGCUUAAGAUGAAGGGUAGAUUGGCUGUGAGGCUACAUAAAAGACAGCGCUAA